GGUCAAGAGGAUGAGCGGCGUCGGGCCCAAGUCUUUGUUCUUCCUCGGACUUCCGGAUAUGACGCAGUUGGUUUGCGUCACGCUGAGUCCGCAGGAGGAAGAGCAGCAGGAGCCCAGGACCAACCAGAUCAGGACCUGCAGGGAGCUGGUGCUGCUGCACUCGGACGUCCUGGCCUGUCCUGCUCUGGACUCCAUCACUGACGUCACUGCAGUCAUGUCUGUCCACUUCCUGCAGCGCGGCGUCCUUCAGGCCUUCGCCAUCAGAAACCGUCUGCAGCUGGGCGUUCCCCACACGGUGUUUCCUGGCGACCUGCAGUGCUGCCUCUCUUACUCUCUGAUCAGCCGUUUGACUCCCCGCUGGAACAAAGCAGGACUUUACCUGAUCUCAGGGGCAGACUUCCUGACCCGGCGGGGGACGCUCAGCGCCGUCAGUCUGGAGAUGAACACCAGUGGUGGUCGGCUGAGCCUCAGCAUUGAAGCCAGCGCUGUGAGAACGCCGCCGCCAAAGCUGGAUGACCUCGGGCUGCCGGCGCCGGUCCUCCAGAGGUUCUGCAGCGACCCGGACUUCAUCCUGGACCUGUCCUCCAUAGGGGGACCCAUCUGGAGCCACGUCCUCCCCAGCAUGAAGAAGGGUCAGAUCAUCAGCAUCAGCCACCAGCUGCCCAGAGACGGACCCUUCAGGACCUACGGAGACCUUCAGAACCACUGGAACCGCCUGUAUGGCUACCGGCUGCCGGAGCUGGAGGGGGGCGGAGUCUACUGCAGCGUCUACUUCAGGCCGGUGGGAGAGAAACUCUUCACUUACCCUCUCAGCUGCAUCCGCCUGCAGCCUGUGCAGCGCUGCCCCGGGGGCGACCUGCAGGGGGCGCUGGCCCGCUUCCUGGCCGACAGCAGAGAGCGGCUGCAGAGCGUGUGUGGCUUCCCGACCCGUCUGACCAGUAAACCCAGUUACCCGGCCGGCCUGACCACCGCUGCCUCCAUGCAGGUUCUGAGUUGGGACCAGAUCAACCUGACCACCGGGCCGGUUCUGUCCCAGCAGGCGCCGUCCUGCCGGGCGGACCCGCCCGCCUGGGUCCCCCUGUCCCAGCAGGGCGGCGCUCUUCCAGGAAGCAGAUCUGGGAAGUGGCUGUGGCGCCGUCCAGAGGACCGGUCGGCCCACCCGUCCUCCAGUCAGAACCAGGACCAGUCGGACCGCUCCCUGCCCGUUUCCUCUUUCUCCCAACACUUCCAGCCGGCUUCAUCCCUCCCUCCUCUUCCGCCCAGUCCGGUCCCAGUGAACCCGCCUCCCAAACUGGUUCCCAUCUUCAGGAACAACGACCCGACCCGCCGGCUCAGCGUGGCUCUGCUGCGAGUCCAGAACCGGCGGAACGGAGGAACGGAGGACAAACGCAGACUCACCCUGCCGCUUCCUGCCGGGUCACAGGUCACACCUUCCUCCUCCUCUUCCUCCGCCGCGCCCCUCCCUCCUCCUCCUCGCCUCGUCCCUCGCUUCGCCCUCCGCCCCAAAAGCCGGAGCGCCGCCGUUUCCCCGACGUCGGGUCAGUCCAGGGUCACCCGGAUCUCCAGCCUCAGCCCGGUGUUCAAGGCGAAAGCCGCCGUCAUCCUCCCACCCAGAACCAACCCCAAACCCAGCAGAACCUCUGGGACGGUCCGACCCGAACGGGCCGCCAACUGCUGGAAGGCAGCGGGACCAAAAACCGUCGUCCCCAGAACCAUCAUGAAGACCAGCAGAGAGGCCGGGCCUGAAGGCAGCACCGAGCCAGAACCGACCCGGUAUCAGAGGGAGACCGCGCCAGCAGCAGGAAGUGGGCCGGGCUCAGCGGCGGCCUCCCUGCUGCUGUGGCUCAGGAACAGAGGAAUCCCUGUGAGCUCCAAGCUGAGGAAGGAGGAGCUGAUGAUGAAGGUGAUAGGCUGCCUGGCCGAGGCCUGA